AUGAUAGGGGAAAGUGUGCUUGGAGGGGUGAAGGAAGCGAGAAAUGAAACGAUUGGAUUGCAAAUUUCCAAACAAUAUUUGCUGGUUUUGCAAAAGGCUUUAGAAGUAUGGGAUUACCAAAAUAAUCCCCUCAACUGCCCACUUGCUGAGCCAGCCCAAAUUGACCCUGAGCUGGAAAAUGCCUUCAUUUGUCAUCUGCAUGACCAUUGGUUUUGUAUCAGGAAAGUGACUGGAGAAUGGUAUAAUUUCAACAGUCUUUAUACAGCCCCAGAGCACUUCCCUAAGUUUUAUCUCUCAGCCUAUCUGGACUCAUUAAAAGGAGCUCGCUGGAGCGUUUUCCUGGUGAGGGGAAACUUCCCGAAAGAGUUCCACAUUUCUUCCACUGAAGCUUUUAACGGUUAUGGGCAGUGGCUGUCCCCUGAGGAUGCUGAAAGGAUAACUAAAUCAUCCAACAUAAUACAGGCUCCUCCAGAAAGAAACAAUACUCAACAGCAUCCAAAUCAGUUGGAUGAAACAGAUACGCAAAUGCUUUUGGAUAUGGAAGAUGAGGACUUGAAGGCUGUAAUCGCUGCCAGUCUGAUGGAUUCUUCCUUUGCCGUAGCCAUGACUGAGGCUAGCAACCCUAAAUCUGAAAACGAAGAUAGCCCGGAAAAAACUACAAAAGCAGCAAAUUUUCUGACAUAUUGGACAAGUGACAAUGGUUCAUGCCACGUUUUAGAUGGUUUGAGCAAACAUAUUCGGCUCGAGGUUGUUUGCUGUGUAAUGUAUAUACAUUCCUUACACAUUUUCAAGUCAGAAUUUAACAUUCCUUAA